AAACCCAAAAACCACGAUUUGCAAAUCAAGAUGGCCAAUAGGAAAAUUCCACGUGUCAGGCUCCAAUUUAUCUCCUAGAUCUUCAUUGGAUGAGAUUAGAUUCAUCCAAAUUAUAUAACGCGAACGUCUCAUCCCACCAAAAAAAACACCACACUUCAAAUUUCUGCUGGAAAUUCUGUAGAGAAUGGCAGCAGAAAUGGCUCUAGUGAAACCCAUUUCCAAAUUCAACAACUCCAUCCCAAAAUUCGGCAGCUCGGGACGCCCGAAGACAAGAUUUUUCACCGUGAAAAUGUCUUCCACCGCCACCCCGCCGCCGGCGACCGCCGCGAGCAAGAAGAAGACUCAGAAGCAGGAGAUCAAGGAGUCCCUUUUGACGCCGCGGUUCUACACGACGGAUUUCGAUGAAAUGGAGCAGCUCUUCAACACCGAGAUCAACAAGAACUUGAACAUGGCGGAGUUCGAGGCUCUGCUGCAGGAGUUCAAGACCGACUUCAACCAGACACAUUUCGUGAGGAAUAAGGAAUUCAAGGAGGCUGCUGACAAGCUGCAGGGGCCGUUGAGACAAAUUUUUGUCGAAUUCUUGGAGAGGUCUUGCACUGCUGAGUUCUCUGGUUUCCUUCUCUACAAGGAGCUCGGACGCAGGCUUAAGAAAACUAACCCUAUGGUUGCCGAGAUUUUCUCUCUGAUGUCCAGAGACGAAGCGCGCCACGCAGGGUUCUUGAACAAAGGUUUGUCAGACUUCAAUUUGGCUCUGGACUUGGGGUUCCUCACAAAGGCCAGAAAAUACACUUUCUUCAAGCCUAAGUUCAUCUUCUAUGCAACAUACUUGUCUGAGAAGAUUGGAUACUGGAGAUACAUCACCAUAUACCGCCACCUCAAGGAGAACCCCGAGUACCAAUGCUACCCGAUCUUCAAGUACUUCGAGAACUGGUGCCAGGACGAGAAUCGCCAUGGUGACUUCUUCUCCGCGUUGAUGAAGGCUCAGCCUCAGUUCCUCAAUGACUGGAAGGCGAAGCUGUGGUCCCGGUUCUUCUGUCUCUCUGUUUAUGUGACAAUGUACCUUAAUGACUGCCAAAGAAGUGCUUUCUAUGAAGGCAUUGGUCUUGACACAAAGGAAUUUGAUAUGCAUGUCAUCAUCGAGACGAAUCGCACGACUGCAAGGAUCUUCCCUGCUGUGCUGGAUGUUGAGAACCCAGAGUUCAAGAGGAAGUUGGACAGGAUGGUGGAGAUCAACACACGGCUGCUCGCAGUCGGGGACACCGAUGACAUCCCGUUGGUGAAGAACCUGAAGAGGAUCCCUCUCAUUGCAGCUCUGGCUAAUGAGUUGCUCGCUGCGUAUCUCAUGAAACCCAUUGAAUCUGGUUCAGUGGACCUUGCUGAGUUUGAGCCACAACUUGUUUACUAAUUUUUUUUUUCAUGGAGUGUUAAAUUCAUUUUCAAUCUUUAGAGUAGAGUAUUGCAGCUUGUCAUUGUAUAAUAACUAUGAUACAAAUCAUUGUAUGCAUCUGGCAUUCUGCAGUUUCUCAUGUUAGUAAAAAAAAAGUUGGAACAAUGCAUUAGGUUUCAAUGUCUUGAUUUCCUGCUUACAUAGACCUUCUUCAACUACAUGAUUGAAGGUAGACAUAAACAGUAAAGCAUGACUUAAAAAUUGCAUCUUUUACUGUACAAUUACUAAAUGAUAAACAACAGCGCGUUCAAUCUGAUUUUUCCAGCUUCUGCUGUGGGGAAGUCGCCUUCUUGACAGCAGAGCGCUCGUCCUUCUUCAUCCGAAACAGUAUCCCAGACAGCCAAACGGCUAGCAGAGUGGCCUCGACUGGCGCAAGGCAGUAAACAAUCAAAUGCUCUUUGGUGAUGUGUUGGCGAUUAGCAAAAGCCCAGCCCAUUACCUGAGAGGAAGAGAGAGAUUUUAGAGGGGGUGAGAUGAGACGAAGAAGGAAAGAAAUACUUACGGGAGCUGGAUUCAUGCAUCCGCCUGUUAGAUCUGCAGCAAGAAUGUGGAGAGUAAGCUUGGCAAGGCUGGAAAUCCAAGUCUUGGUAAGGAAAUCCUGUGUAGCCAAGCCAAGGGUGAUUGUGACGAUGGCGAAUGCCAGGAGACCUUCUGUCAGUGCGCCCGUUGCAAUGUCAACUUUCAAGUGUGGGGCGUGCCCUAUUCCAGGGAAGGUCCACAGGAUGAGCCUCACACCAUAAACUGACCCAACCACCUUUUCCAAAAAGAAUCACAGAUGCAACACUAUUAAGCUUUGCCAAACACAUAUAACAACAAAGGCUAGGAGUCCAUAGCUUCACGCCCUCAACUACCCCAAAACAUAAACAAAAGAUCGUUUUGAUCAUAGAUCCACUAAACGCACGCCCUUCUCAUUAACUACACCACUAACUUGGAAAAUCAACAACGACUAUAAAUCCACAACAAUUUCAUCUAUCUUCAUUUUUUUUCUCUCCAACUCACAAUUAUCCCUUUAACAAUUCAUAUGCUUCUUAGACAUUAGCCUAAAUCCUGUUCAAAAUAUGCAAAUACACAAAAUUUAACGGAAACAAAAUAAACCAAGUCGUAGUAGCUCCUCCAACAACGAGCACCGCAGAGGAAAAAGUAACAUAACAAUUCCAACAUCAAUCCAAAAAUUUCAAAAAUCCUCCAUGGAAAUCAUAUCUAGCUCAAACACCAAAUUAAUAAAAUGGGGGAAAUAAAGGAACCUGUGCAGGGAUUCGGGCGCCGACAGUGAAAAUGAAAUUCGAGAAAUCUCCCGAAAUGGCGGGGGCCAAGACGGAGAGUGGAUUGUACGCGCCGCCGUCGGUGGCCUUGCUCAUGUAGGCGAAGGCGAACAUGUUGACAACGGCGAGGGCACAUCUAGCAAUGUCGCCCUCCAGCUGACUAGCGGCGUUACCCAUCACGCUCUGCACGAAAAUCUUGAUUAGCUCGUUCGAGAACACCCACGUUAGCGAAAUCGCGAAAUCCGCCGCGAGCAGCCGCCGUGCGCCCGCCAUUUGGGGGGAGGCCGAAUCAGAGGAGCAUGCGACGACGGACGAAGGUCGGAAUUUUGAGCGCGUGAAGAAGCGGGGACGCCGUUUUGACUUUUAUAGGAAUAUCUAUCUCCGGCAUUCCAUUUGGUUGAAGAUGAUGGCUUCUUGGUAACGCUUUAAUCUCUCUGGCUAUGAUUUUUCCAAGCUCACAUACAUGUUUGUUUAAUAAUGACAAGUCCAAUGAAAUAAUUUUGCUUUUCAAAAUAAAUGGAGUAGAAUAAAUUUAUAAUGUUGGGAAAAACGAACAAGAUAUAAUUGAAUAUUUUUUCUAAAAGAAUAGUAAUGCUAUGAAAUUUUUGACAGUAAUAACGAACAAGAAAAAUCAAUGAAAAUUAAACAAUACACAUAAAGAGUUAACUAUUUUAACAAAAAAUAACUAGUAUAAUAUUUUUAUUUUGUUUUUCUAGGUUUAUUCAUUUUAUACAUAAUGGUAAUUAGUUUAACAAAAUAACAACAAUAAUAAUCAAAUCUUUAUCUGAGCUAAUAAAACUUAAAUUAUAUGCUUGUGAAUAAUAUAUUUUCUACAUAACAUAACCACGGAGCUCUCUCCCAGUUGACGCUGUCGCUCGUAGGGUUAUAGUGAUUGCGAUCGGUCACGGAUUUCGAAUCGAUUUCAUUUCUGUGCGCGAGCUAGUGAUUUCGAAAUCCUUGAGGACAUAACCUCUCAAAUAUUGUCACUAGUAUGAAAAAUGAAUGUUUUCACAGUUUGAAGAACAUCCAGAAAUUGGAACGGAAUGAGCUAAGGGGGGAAUGGGAUGGAGGUAGGAAUGGUAUGAAGCUUCAUAUCGCAAUAAAAUUUAGUGGAAUCGUAUGGCAGCCUAUCCGCAUGCCUGAGACUAGCUGCCUAGAACUGGAGAUCAUCUAUGGCUUAAGAGAGAGAGAGAGAGAGAGAGAGAGAGAGAGAGAGAGAGAGAGAGAGAUUUCACAGAGAAAAAGUUAUACCAAGCAUUAAGCAAAAGAAUUGAAGGAAAGUAGGAAUGGCCAUUUCAUUUCCUCCAUAACAUCAUCAUUCAAGCACCUCGUUAGUGUAUUUCAAUCAGGAACAACGUGGGCUUUCGCUUUAAAGCAAAAUGGCUGGUUCUAGGGUCGCUCAUGCCACUUUGAAAGGUCCGAGUGUGGUCAAGGAGAUUCUCAUUGGAACUGCACUUGGCAUUGUAGCGGGUGGCGUAUGGAAGAUGCACCACUGGAACGAGCAGCGAAAAGUUAGAGCAUUCUACGACAUGUUGGAGAAAGGUGAAAUCUCUGUCGUUGCAGCAGAAGAGUGAAAACUCUGCUAUUUCUUGCAUUACUGAUAUCCUUAUUGGUUCAAUGGUGAUUUUCUAUCUUCAUCGAUUGACUCUUGAACCGAACACGAGCUCUUUUGGUUUCAAAAUAUUAUUGAAAUAAGUAGUAUGGAACCACUUAACUGCAAAUUCUGAAGCUUUCAAGGUUAUUGUGUUGUUACUUUGUCUGAAAAUUUGAUUAAUCAUUUAAUGGUUCUUUGUCUUGUACUA